AUGAAUAUUGGAGCAGUAACUGGAGAUGUAACUGAGGAGGUGACGCUCAUUGCUGAUGAAUUAAGUCGGGCUGUCGAGCUCACACUCAAUCCUGCUGUAUCACAUGAUGCUCGAAACCAAGCCUACAAUGCGUGUGAAAGCUUUAAAGAGAACUCUCCAUGGUGUGCUCAAGCAGGAUUGCUUCUGGCUAGCGGUAAUCAAUACUCAGCAGUUGUGAAGCAUUUUGGUCUACAGUUGAUGGAACACACUGUCAAGUACAGAUGGACACAAAUAACACAGGCUGAGAAAAUAUUUAUUAAGGAGAGUGCUAUGAAACUUCUGUACAUGGGCGGAUGGGAGACGGGGCACCUAAACGACGCACUAGCUCGGGUUAUAGUAGAAAUGAUCAAGCGUGAGUGGCCACAGCAGUGGCCCACACUACUCGCAGAGCUUAGUGAUGCAUGCGCUCGUGGACAUCUGCACACACAGAUCGUGCUACAUGUGUUUUUGCGUCUUGUUGAAGAUGUUGCCACAUUACAGACACUGGAACAGCAUCAACGCCGCAAAGACAUUUAUCAAGCACUAACGAGUAACAUGGCGGAGAUAUUCGCAUUUUUCAUGCGUCUGAUCGAGCUCCAUGUUCAAGAGUUUCGAGAGAAGACUGCCGCGGGGGACUAUGGAGCAGCCGCUAGCAAUGGACGUGUUGUACAGGUCGUAUUACUAACUCUGACGGGUUUCGUGGAGUGGGUAUCAACAAAUCACGUGGUAAUGAAUGAUGGUCGCUUACUGCAGAUAUUAUGCAUUUUAUUGCAAGAUGAUGUGUUCCAGUUGCCAGCUGCAGAAUGUCUACUGCAAGUUGUCAAUAGGAAAGGCUCUACUAAGGAGCGUAAACCGUUAAUGAUAUUAUUUAGUGAAGAUGCAGUUACAUGCAUCCACCGUGCAGCGCUCGCUAGUAUCGCCACUGUGGAUGAGAAACAGUACUUGUUCCUGAAGAAACUCUCACAGGUUUUAGCAGGCUUAGCACAACAACUAACUACAUUAUGGAGCAAUGCCACAAAUGUUGACGCUUGGCUGCCUGUGCUGUUGGAGACUAUGCUGCUACUUACUUCUCAUCCAUCGCUCACCCUGGCCCACACCGCUAAUUCGGUCUGGUUAGCCUUUUUGAAACAUGACCAGAUAUCCAAAUUGCCACAUAUAUUGGCAGUAGUACCCAGAUGGCUACAGGCUGCUGCUCCUAAAGUUUUGAAGGUGUCAUACCCAUCGUCUCGCAAUAACAAUGUAUCUGACGCUGUCGCAUACGCCUGUAUGGACUACGAUAGUGAACAGGAGUUUGCAAUAUUCUUCAGCCGCAGUCGGACAGAAAUAUUAGAUAGCUUCAGGUAUUGCAUGAUGGCUGCGCCGUUAGUGACGUGGGCAUAUGUAGAGCAGUGGACACAGGCGGCUUUGGACAAAGUGGACUCCUGCCCACCAAAUAUAGAAGCUUCCCACCCGCUCCACGUGGAAUGGGAGGCGCUAUCUCAGGUGCUGGAUGUGGCGCUGUCGCGGCUGCUGCAGGCGGAGCCGCGGCCGUGCGUGGCGGCGGGGCUGCGCCUGCUGCAGCGCUGCGUGUGCUGCGAGCCGCGCGCGCCGCUGCUUCUCUCGCUGCUGCUCUCCUUUAUCUCCGCGCUCUUCGUCUUCCUCAGCUGCGCCAGCAGCCAGCUGGCCGGUCCGGGCGUUGGUGUAGCUGGAGCUGAUCUGCUGCUGCGUGUGUUGGACAAAAUAUUCGCGGCGCUGGUCUACGAAGGCUCACCGCAAGAGGACCGCCGAUCACGCUCCGUUAAAAAUGUGCGACGCCAUGCGGCUGGCUUGCUCGUCAAACUUGGUUCAAAGUAUCCGCUGCUGCUGCUGCCGGUGUUCGGGCGGCUGCACGAGCUGGUACGCGCGGCGCUUGCACGACCCGACCUCAGCGCCGUGGAGAGCGUCACGCUGCAGGAGGCGCUGCUGCUCGUCUCCAACCACUUCUGCUGCUACGAGCGCCAGAGCGCGCUCGUCGCACAGGUGCUGGGCGACUGCAGCGCGCGCUGGGCGGCGCUGGGCCCCCACGUGUCGUCGGCGGCCGCACUGGCGCGGCUCGUGGGGCUGGACGUGGCGCCGACGGGGCCGGGGGAAGGGGAUGACGAGCACGGCCGCGCGCGCCGCACGCUGCUGCACGCGCUCGCUUUGCUGCUCGGCGUCGUCAAGCGCACGCACGUGCCAGCCGACCCCGACAAAAUACUUAAGAAAGUGAGUAUAGAGCAGGGCUGA